GAUAUGUCCAUCGUUCUGUCUCCUGUGUGCGUACUCGUCUGCCCAAUUUCCAUAUCUCAGACGUAAACACACAGUCCCACACGCAUUCUAAUUUUCCUUGGCUUUCACGUCUGUUUCUUUUGUGAUUUUCCAUGCCAGCUUGAUUCUUGAUUGCUUUCCUCCAUUCCCACUUGAGUUUUGCUCUGCCUGCAGUCAAUCCCAGCACCCCAUCUCGUCUGCCCUGCCAUCAUUCUAUCUAUAUAAUAUACCCUUCUUUCCCUCGAGAUUUUGCCUUUAUUUGGACAUAGUUUUUGCUUUUUGUGGGGUUUUCAGCCCUUCUUGAGUUGGCUUUUUUUCCUGCCUAAUGCAACACCGCUGAUCUGUGAGAAAAACGACAAAAGAAAUGAUGCAGUUUCCUUGCCAAUGAUCAAGUGUUUGAACACAAGUCAUAGACGUGAAUCUUGAAUUUGCUGUUCCGGAAGUCUUUGUUGGCGUUUCAUCACUGCUUCUGCGUCAUCCCUGUUUGAUUUUUUGUUUUCUGGGACUCUUUUGUUGAUUGGGUUUUCGCUGCUGGUUGUGUUGUAAAGGUGAAAAAGUUCUAGCCUGGAGAAAUUAUUCUUGAAAAUGAUGAAGUGUUUUUACAUAUUCAAAGACAAGGACAAGGACAAGUCCAAGUCCAAGUCCAAGUGCGGGGCUGCGAAAUCAGCGCCUGAAUUGAGUGAGAGAAGUAAAGCAGAUGAUUCACAGCGCAAUCGUGCAGCUAAAUCCACUGGUUCUAUGUCAUCCCCUCGAAGCAUACCGGAAAUGUACAAGGAAAAAGAGCAAAAUUUGAAGGUGUUUUCUCUGUCGGAGCUCCAAGAAGCAACCAACAAUUUCAACAGGUUGCUCAAGAUCGGGGAAGGUGGUUUUGGGAGUGUUUAUAAAGGCUCAAUUAAACCUGCAGAUGGGAAGGGUCAUCCCACCAUUGUUGCCAUUAAGAAACUCAACGCACAUGGAUUGCAGGGCCACAAGCAAUGGGUUGCUGAAGUCCAGUUUCUUGGAGUGCUAGAUCACCCCAAUCUUGUAAAGCUUUUAGGAUACUGUUCUGUGGAUGGAGAAAGAGGCAUCCAACGGCUGUUGGUUUAUGAGUACAUGCCUAAUAAAAGUUUGGAGGAUCAUCUUUUCAACAGGGCUAAGCCAACAGUACCUUGGAUUACCAGAUUAAACAUUAUCCUUGGGGCCGCUCAAGGAAUGGCUUAUCUGCACGAAGGUUUGGAAGUCCAGGUGAUAUAUCGAGAUUUCAAAUCCUCAAAUGUGCUACUAGACAAGGAUUUCAAUCCCAAGCUUUCUGACUUUGGGCUUGCAAGGGAAGGUCCUACUGGUGAACGAACUCAUGUCUCUACAGCGCCUGUAGGGACACGUGGAUAUGCUGCCCCGGAAUAUGUCGAGACCGGCCAUUUGACAGUGAAGAGUGAUAUCUGGAGCUUUGGAGUUGUCGUUUAUGAGAUUCUUACAGGAAGGCGGACAUUGGAGAGAAACCUCCCAGCGGCAGAGCGAAAGCUACUAGAAUGGGUGAGACAGUUCCCAGCUGAUAGCAAGAAAUUUACCAUGAUCAUCGAUCCACGUCUCCAAAACCAAUACUCACUAGACGCUGCUCGAAGAAUUGCAAAACUGGCAGAUAGCUGCUUGAACAAAAAUGCAAAAGAUAGGCCAAGCAUGAGUCAAGUUGUGGAGAUCUUGAAGCUAGCAAUCGACGAAUCAAAAGGAACUUCUUUUGAUCCAAGAAGUGCUCCUUCAUUGAGAACUAUCCCCCCAACUAAACCUUUCAGAAGUUUGGAAGCUGCCAGCACUUCCAGACACACACCCCACAUGGCUCAGGCAAGUAUUUCUCAACUUCAUUCACUUCUGCAACCCAUAGUAACUUUACUUGACAGCUGCAAUUCAUGUCUACCUUUCCUUUCCCGAUUCUUACAGGCUUGAAACUGAAGGAAAUGUAGUCUGCUUGUUAAAACUUACGCACCAACAAAAUUCAAAAUGCAAAUACUCCGAACCUUUUGUUCUGCAAUUCACAUGGAGUUGGACUUCAGCGGCUUCACUUGUAGAUAAAUGAGAAUCUGUCAGAUAUGUUCGGCUGCACGGUUGGUCUGGUUCAGAGAUAUUGUUCUUUGUACUCUUAUGAUAGCCAGCAAUUAGGAUUGUAGUUUAGCAUGUUUCAGUACACAAAACUUCGAGGCAAGUAUUUGUGCAUUUAGUAAUCGGCCUUUUAAUAAUCAUAUUAUUUUAAAGGCUCAA